ACCACCGAGGAACUCCGGCAUUACGCAGUGCUGCACAGCGCUUGGAUUUAAUAAAGUAAAGUACAAGUCUGUAAGGUAGUGUUCUGAGACUUUUCAGUCCCCUUCUGUCCUGCUCGCGGAGGGUAUUUGCAUACCAUUGGAAUGGACUUUAUUUUAUAAUUGUACUUCUUUUUCCUGCGCGAAAAUCUGUGGUUGCGGUGACUUGGGGCACGUCUUCUUUGAUAGAUUGGGUGUUGAACUUCGGAAAUUACGAAAGGACAGUGAAAUACAGAGAGAUGAUAGCAGAAAAAGAGAAGAAAAGGUGCUGCUCAGAGCGGCGUAAGGAGAAGUCUCGUGAUGCGGCGCGCUGCAGACGCAGUAAGGAGACAGAGGUGUUUUAUGAGCUGGCACAUCAGCUGCCCUUCCCACAUAGCCUCAGUUCACACCUGGACAAAGCUUCCAUCAUGAGACUGGCCAUCAGCUUCCUGCACACACGCAAACUCCUCGCCUCAGGCUGUGUUACCAGUACAAAGACGACAGAGGUAGACAGACUGAUGGACAGUUGUUAUCUGAAGUCACUGGGUGGAUUUGUUACUGUGGUAACAUCAGAUGGAGAUAUUAUCUUCUUAUCGGAAAACAUCAACAAAUUCAUGGGCCUCACACAGGUGGAGUUAACAGGUCACAGCAUCUUUGACUUCACUCACCCCUGUGACCACGAGGAGAUCCGUGAGAACCUCAGCCUCAAAACUGGCAUGGGGAAGAAAAACAAGGAUCUUCGCUCUGAGAGAGAUUUCUUCAUGCGAAUGAAAUGCACAGUCACAAAUCGUGGACGCACAGUCAACCUCAAGUCAGCCAACUGGAAGGUCCUGCACUGCACAGGGCACUUGAAGGUUUAUAACAGCUGCCCUGCACGUGUGCUAUGUGGUUUUAAAGAGCCGCCGCUCACCUGUGUGGUGAUGAUGUGUGAGCCAAUUCCCCAUCCAUCAAACAUCGACACACUUCUCGAUAGCAAGACUUUCCUGAGUCGCCACAGCAUGGACAUGAAGUUUACUUACUGUGAUGACAGAGUUUCUGAGUUGAUGGGUUACAAUCCUGAAGAUCUUCUCGGUCGAUCUGCAUACGAGUUCUACCAUGCUCUGGACUCUGACAACGUCACCAAAAGCCACCAGAAUCUGUGCACUAAAGGCCAGGCUGUAAGCAGUCAGUACCGGAUGUUGGCCAAGCAUGGGGGCUAUGUGUGGAUGGAGACCCAGGGCACCGUCAUCUACAAUAGUCGCAACUCCCAGCCACAGUGCAUUGUGUGCGUGAACUACGUGCUGAGUGACGUUGAAGAGAAAUCCAUGGUCUUCUCUUUGGACCAGACUGAGUGUCUGUUCAAGCCUAACCACUUAAGCAGUUUCUUCUGUCCAAGCAAAGGCCUGGGCAGUGAAAAAUGUAUCAAACUCAAAGAGGAACCUGAAGACCUCACCCAGCUGGCACCUACACCUGGUGACACCAUUAUCUCGCUUGACUUUGGUCAGCCCCAGCACCGGAUGUACAGCAAAGUUUCCUCAAUUGCUCCUCCUGUCUCUCACACAAUUCAUGAUGUCCGCAAGCAAAGCUAUGCUGCAGACAUGCCCAAGAUGGCCAGCACUUUCUCUGUACCUCAAGCUCCACCUCACAGUAGUGCUACUCCCAGCAUAAGCAGUUGCUCUUCGCCUAGCAGGCCAGAAGAUUACUACAACAGAGUGGAUAGUGACCUGAAGGUGGAGAUCACCGAGAAGCUAUUUUCCUUGGACACACAAGAGACAUCUUCUUUCAACCAAGAGACUGAUAUAAGUGAUCUGGACUUGGAGACCCUGGCUCCCUACAUCCCCAUGGAUGGUGAGGACUUCCAGCUCAAUCCCAUCUGCCAAGAGGAGUCUUCAUCUGAGGCCACUGGAGGUCUGAGAACAAGCCAGCACAGCUUUAGCAACAUAGCCAGCCUCUUCCAACCCUUGGGCUCUCCUUCAACAGCUCAUUUCCAGCCCAACAUUAGUUCAGGAGGGGAAAAGCAGACCAUUAAUGGAGGGUCUGUAGAGUCAUGGCCUAACGUACCCUACAGUAAUGGGCCUGUGCAGAUGCCUCCUUACCAUGACCCAGCCAGCACCCCACUUUCUUUAAUGGGAGGGUGUCAGAAUUUGCAAUGGCCACCUGACCCUCCAUUACACAGCAAGGCUGGAAUGAUGGAUCCUUUAGCUGCAAAACAUUCUUGCCAAACCAUGCCUGCAAAUCAAAUACCACAUUAUCUGCCAAGACUCAUGGACAACUUUGCGCAGAGCUACAGAGAGAUGAGUCCGGCUCCGCUUGCUCUCGCUAACAGUUUCAAGCGCUCAUUUACACAGAUGGCCAUGGGUGAGACACCCUUCACUAAGUCCCAACAGACUAUGUGGAAGAGACUUAGGCAUGAGAGCUGUGCCGACAUGGACAGGAAAUCUCUGAGCACUAACUCUUUAUCAGACAAAGGCAUGGCCCAUAACGGAGGCAUGGACCACCAGAACAGGAAGAUCCAGUAUCCAGGCAAUCAGGCGGGCCAAGCUACAAAACGCUACAGACAACAGUGUUGUAACUACAGAGAGUUCAACAUGCUGCCCUCCUCUAAAAUGGAUGGAAUUGCGAGUCGUCUCAUCGGGCCCUCCUUUGAGACCUACUCUCUGCCUGAACUGACACGUUAUGACUGCGAGGUCAACAUCCCCUUGCAAGGAAAUCUGCAUUUGCUGCAGGGCAGUGACCUCCUAAAGGCAUUAGACCAAUCCACUUAAUCCAGUGUAUUCACUAUUAUCCCACAGAAAUGUAGUCCUUCUUAACCCAACCCAAGGUGUCAUCUGACCAUCACCAAUGUGACAAUAAACAUCCCAGCCUAAAAAAUUAUUUAGAUAUUAAAACCACAUUUAAAAAAACUGUUCAGGACAGUAUGAAUGUCAUUGCAUUAGAUAAUUGCAAACAUUUUCCACAGUUUUUCUUGUAAAGAAAUUUGACUUUUCUCAUGCAUGUUUGCAAUAUCUUUUAACCAACUGGUCUCAAGGUGAUUUUCAGUUGCCUUCAAGUUCUCACAAGUGUCUUAGCAGAGUAACCACAUGGACAAAAAGCGUCCAGAUACUGUUUGUUUUCGUUUUUAACAGGAUAUCUAUUGUUGUAUAAUUUAAAACCUUUUUGUUAAAUGUGUAGCUUGAAAAGUGUUUCUUUCUUUAAAAUAAAUGCCCCUUUUUUCUAUUUUGUUUUCUAAUGCAAAGACAUUCAUGCACUCUUUAGUCUGGAUUAAGUGGAGAAAUACUUUUUGUGGCCACUAUACAUGCAGACACAAUCUCUCACAGUCACACCUAACUGAAACACGUAGCUUUGAUUCUAUUAUUCUUGUCUACAUCUUUAUAAUUUAUGUACAUGUCCUUUUUUCAGUUACAUACAGAAUUUUUGGAGGAGUCUAACUGUUGCAUUGUUGUUUUUGGCUGGCGGUCUAUUUCUCUGCUUGUCAGAUUAUUUUGGUUUAGCUAUUUGCAGUAUAUCUGCUCUUGUUUUUCGGUCUAUCUAUUAAUGCCAGACAAAAAAAGAAAUGAAAAAUGAUCUACUGUAAGCUAGGCUAUUUGUUUUUAAAUGUUCUCUUUUCUAUCAUAUGUUCUAACUUUCCUACCUCUGACACAAUAAGCCGCUUUCCACACUGACCACUUCUUUCAUGUUAUUCAUGGCUUCUGUGCCUUAUUUUUGUUCAUUUAGUGGCAUUGCUGUGGUUCUGUCACUCUGUUUAUUGCCUUAGUGUGGAGACCACUCUAAAUACAUAUAUUUUUGUCAAUUUAGCUGUAAAAAUACAUAUUUAAAGGAAGAUGCUCUGAGAUUUCUACUAUAGAUUUCUACUUUGAUGAUAAAUGUAUGUGUUGUAGCGCUUUAUUGUCUUGGUACUUUGUCUUGUCUACUCAGUAGAUGUGAAUCAGAGUCCGUAUAGUCGUAUUGUCCCAUGUCCUUUUUUGGUGGCAUUUUUUCUGAAAAUGCAAAUAAUGUUUAUUGGCAGGCCAGUCAAGUUUGAUUUAAAAAUUUAAAUU